AUGGCGUCCGAACAAGGGCCAGAACACUGGGACCCUUCCACACUCCCUAUCUCAGAACAAAGGAGAACUAGGAGCCCUGGGGGCCCAGGCUGGGCAUCAAAAAGGCUGUGCAGAGCAAGCAGAACACAGACAACCCACUUCUGUGCCCAGCAGCCAGCCAGACACCCUGUACCUGCUCUGUUCAAUUUGCCCAGGCCAGGCAGGAACACGGCCCUGCCGACGGAGACCUCGCGCUCCAGCGUGAUUGCACCCACACUGCUCUGUGCCGUUCUCUACUUGGCUUGCGUUACUGCUGAGCUUCCAGAGGUGAGCAGAAGGAUGGCCACCAGCGGAGCCAGAAGCAAGGAAGGCCACCGGGAGCAUGCCUUCAUCCCAGAACCUUUCAAUGGUGCUAACAUCGAUGCCAGCCUUUGGCUGCACCGCUUUGAAGUCAUAGAUGACCUCAACCAUUGGGACCAUGCCACCAAACUGAGGUUUCUGAAAGAGUCACUCAGGGGAGAUGCCCUGGAUGUCUACAAUGGACUCAAUCCCCAGGCCCAGGGCGACUACAGUCUCGUGAAGGAAGCCCUCCUAACGGCCUUUGUGGGCCUUGGGGCUGCCCACAGCCAGAAACCCAAAGAAAUUGUGUUUGCCAACAGCAUGGGUAAGGGCUACUACCUUAAAGGGAAGAUUGGCCACGUGCCUGUGAAGUUCCUGGUGGACUCUGGAGCUCAGGUGUCUGUGGUCCACCCAUCCUUGUGGGAGGAGGUCACCGAUGGUGACCUGGACACUCUUAAGCCUUUUGACAGCGUGGUCAAAGUGGCCAACGGGGCAACGAUGAAGAUCUUGGGUGUGUGGAACACAGAAUUGACCCUGGGCAAGAUGAAGCUGAAGGCAGCAUUUCUGGUGGCCAAUGCAAGCGCAGAAGAGGCCAUUAUUGGCACAGACGUGCUGCAGGACCACAAUGCCGUUCUGGACUUCGAGCACCGCACCUGCACCCUGAAGGGGAAGAAGUUCCGCCUGCUGCCGGUUGGGGGCUCCUUGGAGGAUGAGUUUGACCUGGAGUUCAUUGAGGAAGAGCCUUCUGCACCAGAGGGCUCCCACUAA